GCCCCCUCCCCAGCCUGAUAAAGUCCAGGGCGGGGCCAGCGCCUCUCACACGAGCUGUGCUGGGCAGCAGGCAGGGAGGAUCCAGAGUGCCCCUCCGGCCCCACCAUGAGGCUCGCGCUGUCGCUCCCGGUCCUGGUCGUGGUGCUGUCAAUGGUUUUGGAAGGCCCAGCCCCAGCCCAGGCAGCCCCUGACCUCUUGGAGACGCUGAAGGAGUUUGGCAACACCGUGGAGAACAAGGCCCGGGAAACCAUUGACCGCAUCAAGCAGAGCGACAUUGCUACCAAGACCCGGGAUUGGUUUUCAGAGACAUUCAAGAAAGUGAAGGAGAAAUUCAACUAAAUCCUGAACACCUGGAGGGCCACACCCCAGGAAGAGGCUCUGAAGUCCCCCACACCCCGGCACCAAGACUCCCUCCAGGGUGCCCCAGGUCCCUGUCACCCACUCCGCGACCUGCCACCAAUAAAAGUCCCAUAGAAAAUUCU